AAUUUCUCUUUUACUCUGUCUUUCAGGUUAUUUGAAUAUAUUUUGCUCUAUAAAGAUGGAGUGAUGUUUCAGAUUGAACAAGCCACCAAGCUGUGUUCCAAGAUCACCCUCACAGACUCCUGGGACCCUCUUGACAUUCCUCAGAACGCCACCUUUGAGGACCAGUACUCCAUAGGGGGGCCCCAGGAGCAGAUCACCGUUCAGGAGUGGUCCGACAGGCAGUCAGCCAGAUCGUAUGAAACUUGGAUUGGCAUUUAUACAGCCAAGGAUUGUUAUCCGAUCCAGGAAACCUUCACCCAAAAUUACAGUGUGAUACUGUCCACGCGGUUUUUCGACAUUACGCUGGGUAUUAAAGACCCCUCCGUGUUUGUUCCCCCGAGCACGUGCCAGGCGGCCCAGCUGGAGAGGAUGAGCGAGGACUGCUCCUGGUAGGCCUGGGGACGCGCGAGCGACGGCAUCAGACACUGGCGGCCUUAGCUCAAAACCUGUUUGAGCUUGAGAGAUGAGAGUCUUCUUUGGAGAAAGACAUUGAUGUGGGGUUUUCUGUUUUGAUUUUUGUACGUAUGAUGUUGGCUAGGACGGAGACGAUGUGGUAAUGUGAGCUGAAGAGAUGAACGCGGGGACUGUGUGUAGCGGACCUGGGUGCUGUGCCUUCUGCCCGUGCCGGUGUCUGUGCAGUGCAGUGGCUUACGCGGGGCUGGAGAUCAGUAGGGGCAGUUUGCCUUGGCAGCGAAGAACGCUUUAUUAUUGACUGAGAAUCACCAGAUUCCUGGCACGUGGUGAUAACAAAAAGCAGAACAAUUUUGUUCCGUUUAUUAUUAAUGUUUAAGUUCCCUACAGAUAGUGUCUCCUUUAUGCCUCCACCGGGGAGGGAACUGCUCCCCCUUCCCCACCCCAUGCUCCUUAGGCUACUGAAAAAGUAAUCCCUUAAAGUCCCUUCCGGACUUAAGGGUUCAUGGCAUGAAUCAGUUAAUAUCAAUAUUCUGGAAAGAAAUGAAAGGCUAUAAUACAAAGUAAUUAUUCCUCUAAAGAGACAUUUUAAACACGAGAGUUUGAAAACCCUAAUGUCUACCCCUGGUGAGCAUGAGCCACUGUGCAUCCUUUUUUCUAUGCAGGAGCAUUGAUACUUGUGCUGAAUCAUCAGAGACCCUCAGGAGACCUCCAGAGACAGGUAGCAUUCUGAAAACAGCCCUGAACUGGGAGUCCGAAGGCUAUUGUCUCCAAAACCCAGGACGAGAAUUCCCUUGUACUCUGAUUCCUUUGAUUAACAAAAUGCACUAUGCUGUCCCUCACCUUGGCCUUCCUGGGACACAACCGCUUUGUCUACCCGACUUCUGCUCAUCCUUCAUAGGUCAGCUCGCACAAGACCUUCAGAGAACUGCCCCCAUGCCUGGGUAGGGUGCACCUUGCAGCUAAAGCAUGCAAUUCUCACAGUGCUUAUUUAGGCUGAGUGUUAAUGUCCUGCUGACCGGACACUGUCACACACGAGCUUGGCUAGGAGCUCCUACAGUAUGGGUACAGUGUUCUGUUAGCUUUUAUAUGCCCAGCAGCAAGGAAGUGCCUGGCACCUGGUGAAUGCCCUAAAAAUUUGUAGCGUGGAGAAUGCCAGCCUCUCUAGUGUUUAGUUUCCUCAUCUGUUAAUGGGGUUGGAUUUGUUGAUCUCUUGGGAGACUCCCAGUAAUAGAAUGUAUUAUUCUAGAUUAUUCUUGUAUUGUGUUGCUUCUGCUCAUCUAUUUAUCUAUUACCAGGAGAAAUGUGUGACACCUGUACUAUGCUGAAACAAUCUGUAUUACUCACUGUGUCUAUUAUUUCAAUAAACAAAUUUAAUUGCA